AUGGACGGUAUAAGUAAUGAAGCUUCCGUUGAUCUUUUUCCGAUUGGCCCUUCGGGAAUUUUUGGCCGAACAAUUGCUUUCAGGGUUCUUUUCUGCAAAUCUAUUUCACAUUUAAGGUAUCAAUUAUAUGUAGAGUUACUGGAUGUGUUUUAUAGGCUUAGGAAAUUUUGGGGACCGAUUAUAUCAUCGUUGCAUCCAAGAAACCCUCGGGGGAUAUUAGCCAUUAUGGCAAUUGUUGCUUUCAUGUUAAGACGUUACAGUAAUGUUAAGGUAAGGGCUGAAUUAGCAUAUAGGAGGAAAUUUUGGAGAAAUAUGAUGAGAGGAGCUUUGACAUAUGAGGAGUGGGCUCAUGCAUCAAGAAUGCUUGAUAAGGAGACACCAAAGAUGAAUGAAUCAGAUUUUUAUGAUGUAGAAUUGGUAAGGAACAAGCUUGAAGAAUUACGACAUCGCAGACAAGAGGGGUGUCUUAGAGAUAUUAUAUUUUGUAUGAGAGCUGAUCUUAUUAGAAAUCUAGGUAAUAUGUGUAACCCUGAGCUUCAUAAAGGUAGGCUUCAUGUGCCUAGACAGAUUAAGGAGUAUAUUGAUGAGGUUUCCACUCAGUUGAGAAUGGUUUGUCAUUCUGAUACGGAGGAACUUGCGUUGGAAGAAAAGCUUGCUUUCAUGCAUGAAACUAGACAUGCAUUUGGGAGGACUGCUUUGCUCUUAAGUGGGGGUGCUUCUCUUGGAGCUUUUCAUGUGGGUGUAGUUAAAACGCUUGUAGAACAUAAGCUUAUGCCUAGGAUAAUUUCUGGUUCAAGUGUAGGAUCCAUCAUGUGCUCUAUUGUUGCUACUAGGUCUUGGCCUGAGCUUCAAAGCUUUUUUGAGGAUUCAUUACACUCCUUACAGUUUUUUGAUCAAAUGGGUGGGAUUUUUACGAUCGUGAAGAGGGUCACAACUUUCGGUGCAGUUCAUGAGAUCAGACAGUUGCAGAUUAUGUUGAGGCAUCUAACAAGCAACCUUACAUUUCAAGAAGCUUACGAUAUGACAGGUCGAGUUCUUGGGAUUACAGUUUGCUCCCCACGAAAGCAUGAGCCGCCUAGAUGCCUUAACUACUUGACUUCGCCCCACGUUGUUAUAUGGAGUGCAGUCACAGCUUCUUGCGCCUUUCCUGGUCUUUUUGAGGCUCAAGAAUUGAUGGCAAAGGAUAGAAGUGGAAAUAUUGUUCCUUACCAUCCUCCGUUUAAUUUGGGACCUGAAGAGGGUUCCUCACAGGUGCGUCGUUGGAGGGAUGGUAGCUUGGAAAUUGAUCUUCCUAUGAUGCAAUUGAAAGAGUUGUUCAAUGUCAAUCAUUUUAUUGUCAGUCAGGCCAAUCCUCAUAUUGCACCAUUGUUGAGACUGAAAGAGUUUGUACGAGCUUAUGGAGGUAAUUUUGCUGCCAAGCUGGCUCAUCUGGUAGAGAUGGAGGUGAAACAUCGAUGCAAUCAAAUACUGGAACUCGGUUUUCCAUUAGGCGGACUUGCAAAGUUGUUUGCUCAAGAUUGGGAGGGUGAUGUAACAGUUGUUAUGCCGGCUACUCUUGCUCAGUACUCAAAAAUUAUCCAAAACCCUUCUCAUGCGGAGCUUCAAAAGGCAGCUAACCAAGGAAGAAGAUGCACUUGGGAGAAACUUUCAGCCAUUAAAGCUAAUUGUGGAAUUGAGCUUGCUCUCGACGAGUGUGUUGCAAUUCUCAAUCAUAUGAGAAGACUCAAAAGAAGUGCUGAGAGAGCCGCUUCUGCUUCUCAUGGUUUUCCAAGUAGUACCAAAUUCAGUGCUAUAAAAAGAAUUCCAUCAUGGAAUGUCAUUGCGCGAGAGAAUUCUACAGGAUCUCUUGAAGACUUUCUUGCAGACACUGCUGCUUCAUUUAAUCAUGGGGUUAGUGGUUCCGGUGGAUCCACUGGUAAAAAUUCAAAGUACCACCGAAACAUGCAUGAUGUAAGUGACAGUGAAUCCGAAAGUGCUGACUUGAAUACUUGGACCAGAUCUGGUGGUCCUUUGAUGAGAACUACUUCGGCAGAUAGGUUCAUCGACUUUGUCCAAAACUUAGACGUUGAUACUGAACUAAAUAGAGGAAUGGGAGCUAGUUUUAGCCCUCGUGAUUUUCAGUAUCACAGUCCAAGAUUAACAACACCGGAUAGAUGCUCCGAGAACUCAGAAUCCGAUCCAAGAGAAAAUGGCAACAGGGUUGUCAUGAAUGGGUCUAGCAUAAUUCUAACUGAAGGUGAUUUUUUGCAGCACGAAAGAAUGCUUAAUGGAAUUGUGUUUAGUGUUGUCAAGAAAGAAGACUUUACAGCUUCAAGUCGAAGUCAUGACUACGAUAGUUAUAACAAUGAAGUUGCUGAGUGUCUCCACAUUGAAUGUCCAGAGAAGGAGAUGGAUGAUGCUGCUAGCUCAGCUUCCGAAAACGGAGAUAACGAAUCCCCAGCAGCUAGGACCUUAACUGAAACACCAGAUUCUAAUCCCAUAGAUAAAUCCAGAACAGAUUUCGGGUAA